GCAAAUAAGAGAGGGAGGGAGACAGCGCGAUGCUAUUGGUUGACCGUUAGAACAUCAAGCGUGAUAGAAAUAUUUCUCUCGCAGUCCAAGAAACAGAGGAAGGCAGAGACAGUAGACUCAGGAAACACAAUCAGGUCUGUUUUCAAAACCUCUGGAAGAGAUAAAAAAGACUUUAGAAAGAAGGAAGGGCAAAUAGGGAGGGGGUAGACAACAGAAAGGUGGACUAAUUAACUUAUGACUUCUUGGAGAUCUCUAAAUCAGAAUAAAUGCGGCUCAACAUGUAGAUGUUCUGCACGUCUCCCCCCUUUUUUUCCUCUUUCAUAAUUAACCCUGCAGAGACAAAUCUCAGUGUUUUUGGAGAAAUCUGGGGGAUGCGUUUGAGAGAAAGAUGCAGAGCAGGGAAUUGUGACAUGGUGCCGACCCAAAUUGACAGAGACGAGGACAGAGUGGACUGUUCAGUGGCAGACACAUCUCCAACCAGACACAGGUACUCUCUACUUGAUAUUAAGCUCGGGCGAGAUGUCGAUCCAUGCUAACUCAAACUGUCAUCAGUGUUUUGCUCUGAUCUUGUAUUUGUAAGUCCUCGUGGAUGUGUGGUGUUGGUGUUGUGAUGCUAAACAGUUGUUUCAUUUGAAACCUGCCUAACUGAUUUAUACUUAUCAUUUUAUACUUUAAUUAGCAUUUGCUUUGACAGAAAUUAACUAACGUGCAAAGCAAUACGUCGUAUCAGAACAAUGUGAUGAUUUCUCUAAAAUAAUUCAGUAAUAAAGUAAGUAACAUACCAAGACACUGUCUGUAAAUUAUGACUCACAGAUAAUCUGCAAACUGGCUGUUUACAAAUGUGUUAAAUGUGGUUUUAAAUAUGCGUCACUAAUGGUGUUUUUGAUUUAGAGCAACAGAUGAGCUGAAAGCCAUAAGACAAACUACUGAACUAUCACAAGCCAUAACCAUCUUAGAUGAUAAUCCUCCUCGCUGUCGUUUAAACGCCGUGCUGUGCUCAGUAUCGACAAGAAUCCUGUGCUUCUGUUGUCGGCGUGUCACUCAGACACUUUGUGGCUUACUGUGAGGAAGAAAGAGAGAGAGAGAGAGAGAGAGAGAGAGAGAGAGAGGAAAAAAAUGUGUAGGCUUUGUCUAAAGAGAAACUACAUGGAGGAGGAGGAGGAGGAGACAGACAUCUUGCCUGUCAGAGACUGAGCAUCAGGCCAACGACACAACUGUGGCUGUGAACAGACAUUUAAGUGCUUCCUCAAUCAAAGCGAGACAGGUCCUGCUGUCAGGUAUUCAAAAAGAGACAAAAGAGACAGCAGUGAAGCCAUGCUGAUUAUUGAUUGUUACUAAAACUGAGUGCUCUACCUUCCUGGAGAACGCCCGCCUCAGAGGGGAGGGGGGGGACAGACAAUAACCUCCACUAAAAGAAGGAGGGAGAGCAAUAGCCAGAGAGAGGCAGAGAGCAAAGGGAGAACUUCCCUUUCUCUGUGUCGACCCAUCUCGUCGUCAGGCUGGCUGGCUCAGCCAUGGCGUUCACCUUUGCGGCCUUCUGCUACAUGCUCACCCUGGUGCUGUGCGCCGCUCUCAUCUUCUUUGUCAUAUGGCAGAUCAUUGCGUUUGAUGAGCUUCGCACAGACUUCAAAAACCCCAUUGAUCAGAGCAAUCCCACCAGAGCGAGAGAGAGGAUCCUCAACAUUGAAAGAAUCUGCAACCUGCUCCGCAGAUUGGUGGUACCAGAGUACUCCAUCCACGGGCUCUUCUGUCUGAUGUUCAUGUGUGCUGGAGAGUGGGUCACACUUGGCCUAAAUAUCCCGCUGCUCUUCUACCAUCUGUGGAGGUUUUUUCAUCGGCCAGCUGAUGGGUCAGAGGUCAUGUAUGAUCCUGUCAGCGUGAUGAACGCUGACAUUCUUAAUUACUGCCAGAAGGAGUCCUGGUGUAAGCUGGGUUUUUAUCUGCUCUCUUUCUUCUAUUAUCUCUACAGUAUGGUCUACGCCUUGGUGAGCUUCUAACAGACAGGACAAACCUGGAGAAAUAAAGGGAAGUAUCUGUAAGAAAGACACAGAGGAACAUACAGAGACAUCGACUCUUCCGCUCCCCAUGUACCCUUCACAUCACUGGCUUGGAUAUUCAACAGUCUAACCUUGGACAAAACAAGAAGACCAAUCUGAGUGAUAAUGUGAAUGUAAAGGCCUCCACUCGAUUUUAUCGCUUUCUGCUGUCAGACGACUGGACAAGGUUUUGACAUGAAACACAAAGAAGACGCAGCAGGUGUGUUGCCUUUGACCCAUUAUACGAAUUAACAAUAUAUUUCUGAAGGGCUGGAGUUUUCCCGUGCUGCUCUUACUGAUCCAGUCGCUCAACUCACUGUGAAUCUCCAAACACUUAUGGGCUGGAAAACAAAAUAACAUGUCUGUAUUCUCUGACUUUGAAAAUAUACUAGAAGCAGGAUUGUUUUGGUAUCUUUCCAUGUAUUUAAGAUAAUAGACACCUCUAAUAUGAAACCAGUGCUUUGAUUGUUUUACAGGUACAGUAACUGUAGGAAGCAAGUUAAUCUGUACAGGUUAAGACAGGCAGAGACAGCCUGUCAGGGAAAUAACAAAUUGGUAUGUGCAUUUUUAACCAGGAUGGAGAUAAAAGCAUAGACCAAUACAACAACUGUUUGACGCCAGCCUCUGCCAAACGCCAGAAUUCAAAAAACAAGGAAUUAAUCAUAAGUUUGACUGCUUUGAAUGCUUGUAAUGUGCAUUCAGAAUAAGUAUGUCCAUAGCUGUAAGGACGUAUUUUAUGCUACAUGCUAGGUUCAUGCUUUCCAAAGAGCUUCAUGCUCAGACAUUUAAUGCCAAAAGUUAAUAUCUGAAAAACCAUUGUGCCAAAAAAAUCAAUUAAAGGUUUGGUGUGUAGGAUUUAGGGGGACAUAUUCGCAGAAAUGUAAUAUAAUAUUAGUUUUCUUUGGUGUAUAUUCAGCUGAAAAUAAGAAUCAAAUUUUUUUUGUUACCUGGCCGCGUAGCGUGCCAACGUUAAAGGACAGCUUUAUUCGUCAGUGUCUGAUACUGCAAGUCACUGCCAAAUGCCAGAUUUUGACAACUUUGGAGUAAGAUAGGGUCGGAAUUUCAAGCCAAACCAUGCUGUUUUUUUUUUUUUUUUUUUACUAAACCUAACCAUGUGCUUUUGUUGCCUAAACUGAAGGAAUCAACCUUAAAAUUAAGUCCUCUACCAACGCUGUGAGUUUAUUCUGAAAAAGACUUUUUUGCAGUUAAUGAGUGAAAACUGUUUUUUGAAAAGACAACAUACAUGUAACAGCCAUAAAUUGACACGCCAUCCAUGAACAUCCAAAACAGACACAGGAGAGUACCUAGUGUGUCAUACUUUAGCGUGUAUGUCCAUUUACAAAGUGGCAGUAUUUGAUGAGUUAGGAUGAGAACAUGUUGGUUUCUACAGUAGCCCAGAAUGGACAAACCGAACACUGGCUCUAGAUAGGGCUAUUUGGUUUUUGUUUUGGCCACCGUAGUUAGUUAGCACCCCCUCCACCAUGAGUCCUAAAAACACUGAUUUGUCACUGGAAACUAUUUUAUUCAGUUUUUAUUGGUUUUAAUCACCAGGUCCAAUUGUUUUGGAGAGGAAGAGACCUCUGCGGAUAAUUUGGCUCCUGGUAAAAACCUCUUAAACACUUGGAUCUUAAGUUAUUACGGAAGAAAGGUGAGCACACAUUUGCAGGUGGUGGGCUAGCGGCCCUUCUGCGACAAGCCAAACAGCGUUGGAGAGACACUUGAAUUUUUUUUUAUGUGAAACUGUUUUAUUCAGUGUUUUUACCGGUUUAAAUCAUCAGGUCAAUUUAUUUUGAGAUAACGAGACCUCUGUGGAUAAUUUGCCUCCCGGUGAAAACCUCCUGAACAAUGAACACUGAAGGAAUCCUCACUGGGAGUUCAUGCGUGACACACGGGAGUUUAACCUGCUUGCAAUCUGCAGUCAUCACUGCUAGAUGCAACUAAAUCCUACACACUGCUCCUUUAAGACAAGUGAAAACAAAAAUGACAAAGCUGUAUCUUAAUCUACGUGCCGAGGCACUGCCAGGCCUCGUCUUUGUUUUCACUCUCUGUAACACACAUUUUGGCACAGUGUUUUUUUUGCCCUUAAAAAAUAGACAAAAAAAAACUUAGUUCUGUUGUAUUUUUUAGUGUGCAAUGAGCGCCUUAUUCCUAUUAUCAGUUUACUCAUCUGCAUCUAUACUAUGGUCAUUUUAGCACAGCAACUGUUCUCUGAUCCGAGGUAGAAUAUAGAAAUCUCAUGUACAAAAAGCAAUUUUAAAAACAGCAAACUAGCAAUGUAAUAUGAUUCAUGAGACAUAUCGAUGCAGUGUUAUUCAGUGUAUGUAAUAACAGUGAGUGCGACACAAGUGGCAGAUGACACAACAGUGACUCUCUGACAAUGUUUCAGUUAUUUCAGAAGUGUAAAGGCAGUGGAGUCAUCUCAACACGUCUACAAUCAUACAGUUUCAGGAGGGACAGGAGUUCAUGUUGCCGAUGACAUGUAAACAGAGAAGCCUUUUUUCCUCAGCUGGUGCUGCCUUCGCUAUCAUGUGUUCAUUAGUUUGAUCUGUUAGUAGAUAAGUGAUGGUUCAAAUGUGUGAUUUUAACAUCAGUAGAAAAACUGAAAGUCCGGGGCCUGAGAACAAACCGUGAUGUUUGUCAUGCACCGGCUCCCCGUGUAAUAAAUGGUGGUGAUGACACAUUUGGUACAUGAACUGUGGGACUCAUUUGGAAAAGUUUUUAAUUAUGGAAAGAUUACAACUAAAAUCACACCUUAACAUGAGCUUACAUGGAGGUUCAACAGCGGUUGCCUGUCACUAAUAUUCAGGAUUUAUUUAUUUUGUCAUUCAUAAUCAGGCAAAGAAAUUGUCUGGAAACUUAAUUACAGAACAGAUUAGUAAAUACUAUUGUAUGACUACACAAAUAAUUGUGUGUAUGGUAGCAAUAUAUAUUAAAGGUUUAACUACAUUUAAAUUGGAAGCAUAAAACUUAGAACACUAGUAUUAAUACAAUAGGAUAUGGCUGGCAUAGUUCUGUAUUUUAAGUAUUGUCAGGUGUGUAGCACCAAAUUCUGGGCCCCAUGCAUAAAUUUUGGGCCCCCCAUCCUUCCCUUCUUGAUCCAUGUCUCUCUCACGCACCUUUUGAUUUUCUUUAAUACAAAGUCAGUUUGCUCUCUUUCCCUUCCUCUUCUCAUUUGGAGCCCUGAUGUCCCAUUGUUGAGGAAAGACAUGACAGUCUGGUGCUCCAGCAGCAUCAGCAGUCCCUCACUUGGCUCAAGCAAGAUUUCUGAAGCGUUCAGAAAUACUCACUCCAUGUGCCAGAGCGUACUCUGGCAUCAAAUGGGCCUUUCGUAAAUUCUGAGCACUGCUGGACUUUACCAUUUGGAUAUUCAGAACCCCACACUCUCUGAGUAGCAGAGCGUGCUCUGGGCACUCUGUGUGUGGAGACGGAGCAGCAGAGUGGCACACGAAGUGAAUGUGUGAUUAAUUCAAUUCAUGCAGAAAUAGAAGGCUCUGUUACUUCAAACAACAGCACCUUCAUUUUACUGUAGUGUGUCAGGUUGGAUUUACGAUUGCACCCAUGAAGAUGGAUCAUAUUGCAGGUGCAGACUAAACCAUUUUGCAGCUUUAAGUGGUGAGAGGGGCCUCAGAGAGCUUCCACUAUUUUCUUUAAAUGUAGUUCAGCCUUUUAACCGAUUUAUUCAGCCAGUUUUAUGGUAGUUACACCACUAAUUAGUGAGAAAUUUUAAAAAUUGCUUUUUCAGGGCCCCCCUCUCACUGGGGCCUGGGUAAUUAGUCCCACUCCCCUCCCCCCACUACGACGCCCCUGGUUAUUGUCACGAAUCCCAUGAAAAGAUUGAAACCAACAGUGUGCAAGUGCAUCUGUCAAUACAUUCGACUUCCCUGUCCUGUCUGUGGCUCUCAACCCCAAGCUCAUUCAUUUAAUGUUAUAUUAUUAUAAAUACCCAUUUACCGCAGUAGUAGUACGAAUAUUUACAGCAGCAGGCAUUGUUGGUUUUGAUCUUUUCACAGGAUUUCUUGACAGUAAGAAAAAUACAGAAUAUCACCAGCCUUAUCCUUAAAAUAAGAGUUUCAUUCCCAAUUUAAAAAGAAGAAAGGUUUUAAAAAAGUGAUAAGUACAACGUUGUCAAAUUUCAUCUGUAGUGACUGAUUCAGACAUAUGCGUUCCCUUUCAGGAAGCUUCUGUCCUCCUUUUGAUUUAAAAUCUUACAUAAUAGCUUCUCAAGUUAUAUUUUGUCCUCCACAGUGCUACAGCGGUUAUUAUAAUAAUUAUGAUAAUAAUAUCAGUGGUCAUUAGUCAGAAGAUUUGAUUGGUCGCUUAGUCACAGGACAAACAAAAACAAAAAACAAACGUGAAACGCUAUUAGGAGCUGUGCCUUGUCAAAAUAAAUCAAAACAUAUAUGACUGGACCAUGUGUGAAUUUAAUUUGAAAGGACAGACACAGGAAGUGGCCACGCUCAGCAGUCAGACAGGAGUCAGGUUAAUUUCCAGGGCUGGUACCUGCAGUUAUUCCACAGGCUAGUUAAUAACAUGUCGGGCAGGAAAUCCAAAGUGUGGGAUCAUUUUGAGAAGGUGAAGGACGAACCCAAGGUGAUAUGUAAACUCAUCUUCAUUGGUCGACUACAAACAUGACGUAUCAUCUGAAACAUGGAAGUAGCUACAUGCCCAUUAGCCCACAGCGUCAUUAACAGGCGGCUCGCUGAGUGUGUGACGUGCACUUGUAGAUAAAAUAUAGGCCUAUAUUAAUGAAGGUUCAUUAGUACGGUUUUGUAUUUCUCUGUAAUGUAGCACAGUGUUAACAAUGUUACUGAUACUAUUCUUUCUCACACCUUCAACUCAAACCAUUGUGUUGCCCCGCCUAAAGUCUAUAUUUUAAUAAUAAAAUUAAUAUCACAAACAUGCAGGUGACUAGUCGACUAAUGGCCCUAAAUGACGACUAUUGGUCGACUAGGAAAAUUUGCAGUCGGGGGCAGCCCUAAAUGAUAAUAAUAAUAAUAAUAAUAAUAAUAAUAAUAA